GCCAAGAGUCCGGAGGCUGAGGUUUGUGUGGACAUUUCUGGGAAAGCCUCCAAAGCUCAGUUUUGCCAAGGAGAACCUGCGGAGGAGCACAGCCGCGCUUUUCUGUGCAGACUCAGCGCAGUGUGCACAUUUCUCACAUUGUGUCGGAGGUUCCUCUUCACAGAGCCAGAUGAGCGUCUCACAGUUUGUUGGAUAUAAACAGCACCCGAAUAUUGAUGGGAUCAUUUAAACCAUUAGGGUUUUAACGCAAACCUGAGUGUGUUUUGGAGAUGUGACGUGGUCCAAAACUUUUCUCCGAAGGACUUCAUUCAUUUACCCUGGGGCUGAGGAAUUAUUACAGAGUGUUGGAUGUUAAUAUAACAGAAGAUCUUUCCUCCUGACCUGCUGGGAUUAUAUCUGUAAACGGAAGUGUGGCUGAGAUGAAGUUCUGGAUAUAACUUUACGCACAACAAACUCUUCUCUCAUUCGCCUUGUCUGCCAAUUACAGCUCAGAGAGUGAAGUGGAUUUCCUCAGCAGAAGGCAUGCUCUGAAACACAUCAGUGGCAGACUGUUAUGAGUCGAUGUUGCACUCUGUGAGUCUUCAUCUGGAAUUAAUUCAUUAACAACCUCCAAUGCACUAAAGACGCGCCAGAGUCGCGGCUCCACCACUGGAUCUUUAUCUUACCCUCAGUGAGUGUUUAGCCUGCUUUAUCUGACAUCUCGCCAGAAUGCGGGGGGCUUUUGUUCUCACUUUAGCUCUGAUAUAUCUGCUAACCUGGACAGGCGAAGCCGACAGACAGACUCACCUCAAGCGGGUGCAGUUGCAGAGACGCGCAAGACUGGGACGUGCCCAGCUGGGCACAACGAACAAGGAGCGCCUAGUCGGACGGAUGCGCCCUGGGUUUGGUUCGGCAAUCUCGGUGCACAGUUCCAAGAAGGAGGAAGAUGUGCAGGCUGACGAGGGUGCUCCAGUUUCAGGCAGGACGGGGACAAUGUUGGGCAAGAGAGCAGGAGGUCAGGGUCUAGUGCCAAGGAGAGGGGUGGCCGGACAGAUCGGCAUGCCCCUUCAGCAGGGCAUGCUGCAGGAUGAGGGCGCUCCAGGAGCGAGAGCAAGGGUCGCCCGGAUGCCCAACAGCGCCGGGUCACCAAAUCUGCUCGCCAGUUUUGCGGGGAAGAACCGCGUCCUGGUGAUCUCUGCGCCCCAUGAUUCAGACGGCUACUACAGACUGAUGAUGUCUCUUCUGAAACCAGAUGUGUACUGUGAGCUCGCCGAGCGCCAUGUCCACCAGAUUGUCAUAUUUCACCAGGAGGGAGAGAUGGGGGGCAAGGUGAGGAGGAUCACCACGGAGGGGAAGGUGAUGGAGGAGCCGCUGGACACAGCACUCAUCCCCAGACUCAUGAGCUUCCUCAAACUGGAGAAAGGGAAGUUUGGGAUGGUGCUGCUGAAGAAGACCCUGCAGGUGGAGGAGAGGUACCCGUACCCUGUGAGGCUGGAGGCCAUGUACGAGGUGAUCGACCAGUCGCCCAUGAGGAAGCUGGAGAAGCUGAGACAGAAGGGCUUCGUCCAGAAGUGCAGAGCAGCAGGUGUGGAGGGCCAGGUGGAGGAGGGCACACUCACAGUUGAUGCACCAGUAGAAAGAAAACCAGGGAAGAAGAUCCUCAGAAAGCCCGCAACCACAACCACAGCUGCCACCACCACCACAACAACCACACGACCAACCACCACAACUACCACCACCACCACAACGACUACAACCCGGCCCCCCACCACCACAACCAGACCAACAACCACAACCAAAGCAACAACAACAACCACUACCACCACCACUAGAAGAACCACCACGAAACGACCCACCACAACCACCACCACCACCACCACCACCCAGAAACCAACCAAAGCCCACACCACCGCCCUGUGGUUGCCUGCUCCAAGAACCACCGCUGAUCCUUACGACUACAACCACAGAGAGGGGGAGAGGUAUCCAGCUAAAACCACCCCGGCUGGAGAUAACCGCACCGACAAGGAGAACAGAGAUCCACACAGCCGCAAGCUGGUACCUUCCACACAUAAACCCUCUAAGAUCAAACCUACUAAGAGGAAGAAUGGGGGAGAGAAGGUGUUGACUAAUGAGUACGAGGACAAGUAUGAACCAAGCAAGCCAACAGUCAGUGAUCCUGAGGAGACAGAAACCUUCACCGACAUCAGUCCCACCAAGAAGGUCAAGGGCAAGCACGAUAAGCAAGACAAGAAGAAGAAAAAGGCUGACAAGGCUGCCAAGAAAGGGGAGAGGAGAGGUGGAAAGGCAGGGAAGAUUGGGGGAAAGAAAAAUGGAAAGAAGCUGUCAAAGUACCCUGAGAAAGAGGACUACCCGAAACCCACUAAGAAGCCAACGCCCCCUCCAAAGGGAUCUCUGGCCUCCUUCCUAGACUACUUUGAGAACAGGAGGCGGCUGCUGCUGAUUACAUCCCCCAGUGAGGAGAACAGUAUGUAUGCUCAGCAGAGGGACGAGUACCUGGAGUCUGUGUGUGAAAUGGCCAUCAGGAAAGUCUCUAUCAUCACUAUCUUUGGCUCUCUGACCAACUCCACCAUGAAGAUCGACCACUACCAGCUAGAAAAUGACAAACCUAUGAAGGGCCUUCGUCAGGAGGACCUGGUGAACCAGGAUCUGAUCACAGAGCUGAGGAAAGAGUUCAGCAUGACACAUGAUGACUUCUACAUGGUCCUCACCGAUUCUGACAUGAGAGUCAAGCAAUCCUACGAGGUUCCCAUCGCCAUGAAGGCUGUGUUCGACUACAUCGACACCUUCUCCUCCCGCAUCCGAGAGAUGGAGCAGCAGAAGAGAGACGGGGUCGUCUGUAAGAAAGAGGACAAGCCCAGAUCGUUGGAGAACUUCCUUUCCAGGUUCCGUUGGAGACGUCGCCUGUUCAUCAUCUCCGCCCCCAACGACGAGGAGUGGGCCUACCAGCAGCAGCUCUACGCCCUCACCAGCCAGGCCUGCAACCUCGGUCUGAGGCACAUCGCCAUUCUGAAGUUGGUCGGCACAGAGGCGCCGGAUAUGGGCGGAGUCUUGGAGCUCUAUCCUAUCAACGGGAGCGCUACUGUCGAGCGUGAAGGGCUGUCUGGCAUGCUGGUGAAGGACAUGAGGAACUACUUCCAGAUCAGCCCAGAAUACUUCUCCAUGCUGCUGGUAGGAAAGGACGGCAACGUGAAGUCCUGGUACCCUUCGCCCAUGUGGUCCAUGGCUAUUAUCUAUGACCUGGUAGACUCAAUGCAGCUGCGCAGACAAGAAAUGGCCAUCCAGCAGUCACUGGGUAUGCGCUGCCCUGAGGACGAGUACGGCGGCUAUGGCUACCAUCAGCACGGAUACGAACACGGCUACCAGGACGGCUAUCACCAGGGCUAUGGUUACUAACUCUUCCUUUGCCUCGCAGCUGGUGCUCGGCACUAUUGGCCCUCUUCCUUUCACCUUUUUAAUCUUUCCUCCCCAUCCUCCACCAGGCAGGCGGCUCACAUGGAGCAGGGUCUUUGAAUGUUUUGUAGCACUUAGUGACAGCCCCAAAGUAUUCUGAAUCUGAAUCUGAAUCUGAAAACAGUUGCUUUCACCUGUCAAGAUCUUUGAUAUAUGUAUAGCAUAAUAGGCUGCAAGUAAUGGUAAUUUCCAAGGGGAUUUAAUCAGAGCCAGUUAGAGACUAAAUGUAUAGAAGAGCCUGGAGGUUCAGGGAUCUGUUGUGGACUUAGUUUUUGUUUCAUGGAUUUGCAGCUUCAGAGUGUUUUGCACGUUAUUAUAUCAUCUGUCUCCUUCACUUGCCUUCCAGGUCAAAUUUACAUAUUCAUGUUAUCAGCACAGACCUUUAUUUUGUAGAUAAUGGGCUAAAAUAAGACAUAUAUGUAUUUAUUGGACAUCUGUUGCAUUUGAGGUGCAGUUAUCGAUUAUUUUAUGAAAAGAAGCUGUCACAUGUUUUCUUUUGUAAAGUUUCUGUUACUAUACAAUGUUCUUAUUUAUACUCUGUUGUGCUAUAUGAUAAAUAAACGUUUGUUUACCACCA